UGUUUACAUAUUUUUGGUAUACAGUUUUAAUUAUUGUUAUUUUUCGUUGUUGUCGUAGUAUUCUGCUGAAUAACAAUCUUCCGUCCCAUGACAAAAUUUAAAUUUAAACAUUACAUGUUACUAUUUAAAGAGUCCUUUUAACAGGAAAUUUCCGUGGUCCAUAUUUUAUGCCUUUCCAAAAUGUUUUUCAACAAAAAUGCCUUCAUCGCCAACAGAUCAAGGAGCAGAUACAUCUUUUGACAAACACCUUUCAUUACGCGAAAAACAUACGGAUCAAGCUACAUUACCGAAUGGUUUUGAAACGAAUGUGGAAAACUGUACAAUUUACGACGAUUUCAAAUUUCAAGUUGUAGAUGAAAGAAUCGAGCGAAUGAAUGAAUCAUUUCAAAACGAAACACAUCCAAAUAAACCGUCGAGAUUGAGCACAAACUCAAACAGCAGUAUAAAUCAAGUUGAACCCUCAUUCGACAAGAUUGUCGGAGCAAUUCAUAAAAGUGAAUCUAUAGGAAACUUUUUGGCUAAAAAUGGAAGUCCUGCAUGUCAUACAUACAGAAGCGAUAAAGCUAUAUCAACCAAUUGCUCUGGUUCAAAUCCUAUACAUAUUGCCAGUGUUCACAAAUCAGAGGAAGACGUAGAUAAUGUCGUUACCAAUAAACACAUUGAACGAGAGGAAAAACAAAAUGAGGUAAAGAGCGAUGAAACGAAUGAACUUCUUGAGAAAGGAACAAAUAAAAACAACCGACCUUAUCGUAGGACUUCAACAACCUGUACCAAACUGGUUGUCAUGGCUGUAAUCAUUGCUAUUAUAUGCCUAGGAUUAGUUAUAGCAGUUAUCGUACUUUUUAUACGAAUAAAAGCAUUGGAAGGACAUAGAAAAGAACAUAUUUUAGGAGAAAAUACUUUAGGUGAACGAUCAAAUGACUUCAAAAGUUUAACAUUGCAUGUUAACUGGAGUAACAUCAAAACUGUGACAAAACAAAAUGUUAAUUUAACAUGGUGUCCAGUAGAGCAAAACAAAUUCAUAGAUGUAAAAAGGGAUAUCAUUAAUAUCAUUCAUAAUGGAACAUACGAGUUGUACUUGUCUUUAAAUAUCGACAUACCAAGGUUGAGGGGAAACGCACCAAACGAAUCAUUAAGAUACAUUUCACUUAUUUGCCUUAAAACUAAUAGAUAUGAGAACCAAUGUCAGCGUCAAAGGUCUCCAACAAAUACAGCAUGUACUGUUUCUAUCAAAACUGUUUUUCCUCUAUUGGAAGGAGACAAGAUAUGGGUUAGUGUGAUGGGAAUAAAUCACAUUUAUAAAAGCAAAGCUAACAAUCGUCUCGUUAUUACCAAAUAUACAUAACAAUAACUGAUUAUCUUUACACCGAGUUUUCGACGUUGUACAUUAAGACAGCAAGUAACCUGGUUAUACAUGUACAUGUACAGCUUAAAGAUUUACUAAAUUGAAAACAAAUAUUUUGCAGCAGCUAACAUAAAGCAGCAUUUAGACAUAUAAUCUUGCAGUUCCAAUCCAUGUUAACGUCAGUAGAACAACACGAGGAAUUAUAAUGCGAAUAGUGACAAAUCGGGCAAACCCAUCUACCUGUGGGAUUUGUCAGGAAAAAGUACAUACACUAUCUCUUCAUAUCAGAUGGAAAACAUUUAAAGUGUUGAUCCAUUGCAGAUUUUGAAUUUAACAUGAAUUUAACACAACGAGACAUUCAUUACAUUGGACGAAAACGGUGCAUCUUUCAUUUAACUUACAAACUAGAAGUACCAAUCGUGACUCUAUUGUUCGUCGUUUUUUCAGUUCAUUGAUAUGUGUAAGAUAUAAUCGCUACAGAGAAAUAUACAAGAAACAAAUCAUGAUAGAAAAUACAGCUUUGAUCGUCUCAAUACUUGAUGUAAAUGAAUUAUCUCAGGGUGACUUUAACUGGAAUAGCCUUUGAAGAGUAAAUUAUCUCUAUAGAAAUGACGCCGGCCACUAUCUCAAUAUUAUGAAGCAAUAGAUACUUCACAAGCUUUUUAACAUAAACAUGAUAAACACGCGCCGGGAUAUCAAUUUGGAAGGUAUUAGUUUUACUUAAAUGAAUAAUGUGCAUUUUAACGUCGUGUUAAAGUUAAAACAAAACAAAACAGAAAGAAUAGUAUAAGGAAGACAUAAAAUACCAUUAGCCCAAUGUCAUUAACAACAAAAUAGACCCAUACAAAAAACGUCAAAGGUAGUCUAGUGGACUAAGUUCUUCGCUAGGAAGAAGAAGAAAAUUCUACACUUAAAGCUGAAGAUUUGGCCAUUUGGAAGUCUGAUAACUGAUAUAAAUGAUUUCUGCCAAAGUAAUAAUUAAAAUUUCUAUACCAUUGCACUAAAAAAUAUUAGUGUUCGUAAAAAGUUAACGCAGCGUUUUCGCGUACUUUUCAUAAUAACGCCGCGUUAACUUCAAAAUUGCAGUAGACAUAAAAAGUAAAUGGAUGUAAACUGUCUUGUUUACCUCCGCGUUAACGCGAAAAUGGCGCGUCUUCUAAUUUUGCAAAGAGUAAACGGGCGUUAAGGAACCUGGCUUGUCAUGUUUUUGGAUUUCUAGUUAUAUUUUAUGAUUCCUCUGUUUUUAUCCAUUUGAAUGCCUUGUGAACUUUGCCCGGUGACCCCAAUUUGUCUUUUUGUUAAUCUUUUACACCAAAUGACGUAAACGUUAGCAUUCAUAGAUCAAAACGUGGCUUCAAGAAUGAGCAAAACCAAUACUGCUUAGUAAAAGACUACGACAGGACAAACGCACGUUCAAUGUAGGGAAGCGAUAGUUGCCAAUACAAAAACUAUCCAUAAAUGACAUAGAAGUUUUAAAACAACAAUAGA